AUGCCAGCUUCCUUGCCCCAAGAGGCCAUCGUCCGAAUAUUGGAUUCUCUCUUUCAAGAUCGACAAACCCUCUGUAACUGCGCCCUCGUAUGCCGACAGUGGCGUUCCCCGUGCCGCUACAACCUCUUCUAUCGUCUCGCAAUCUCUCACCGCGCAAGCUUCGAGCUGCUCGUACGCAUCCGGGACGAGCCCCACAUCGCUCGCGCCUUCGAGAACGUACGAUCACUUCAGCUAUGGGACGACAAAGACGAACCAUGGAUCCACCUCUUUACCCAUAUGUUCUACCGCCGUCUACCGCAGAUGCACUUCCUCACUUUCGGCGAUUUCAUCUGGGACAUCCUUCCUCUCGAUCCGAGCUUUGGCGCCACCGGUAACCGUUUCCCUGCCGUCACCACCCUCAAACUCGCCAAUGGCAGAUUCCACAGCUUCGGCGAUUUCAGGAGACUCGUAUGUUCGUUCACACAACUCAUUCACUUGUACGUGGAAAACGUGGAGUGGCGUGCGAUGACAUCCGCUCAUGGCGCCACAUCCGUGGACUCUGGUCUCCAAUUGCUCUGGUUCAAGUCACAUUCCAAAAGUGCCAUCUCCGCGCUGGCAGACUGGCUUGUGGGAUCCCCUUCGACCGAGUCCCUCAAAGACAUCCAGAUUUGGGAGCAGUAUAGUGACGACCUCCCGGAGGUACAGCGGCUCACAAAAGCCGUGGGACCGAAGUUGGAGCAUUUUCAGGUGUCUCUGCAGUUCUGGACUCGAGAUAAACGUCUCGAUCUAUUUGCAAACACUUCUCUCAAAACACUCCAUGUCAGGGAUAUCGACUCUUCCUCCUGUCAACAUCUCCCCUUUCUGCUGGAACAUCUCUCUCCUGGAUCGCUGCAGGACCUCUCCCUGUACCUGCACAUACCCUCGCUGGACGAUCUUGGCGUCCUGCGGGGUCUCUGGGGGGACGUCGCGGACGUCCUCGCGCGCGACGCCUUCGCUCUGCUCCCCAUGGUGACGAUAUGGCUGGUCCAGGUUCCGCCUGCUGCUGCUAUAUCGACUGCGGACCUGACAGGGGAGCUUAAAAGCUGGACGCCGCUCGAUCCGGAACGGACCUACUUGCGCGUCUUCCCGCUGCUGGCUUUCGACGGAUGA